AAAGCUCAGUGACCUCAGCGAGGUAGAGUUUCUACUCAGUUGCGUUGCUAAAACACCUGUAGACGUUCAGAGUUUAGAUAUCGAUUACCCGAGUUUGCGGAACCAUUUUUGAAUACUUUUAACCACUUUGUUUUACGCUGAGCUUUGAUUUUUACCAAAGAGGGCAGUGGCAGACUUGCCGAAUAUGGGGCCUCUUGCCAGUCGGGACGUGUUUUCGUGGUUGUUGUUGGCUUCUGUUCUCCAGGUGUCGAGUGUUCGUUUGGCGGAGGCCAGUUACCUGUGCACUGCAUACCUGAACAUUUCAUACACCAACCCUGAAACUAACAAAAGCACCUGGUUUCAAGAGGAGAUGGGGCUGUAUGGACAAGACUCACCCAAAGCUUAUGUCAAGGGGAACGUGUAUUUAGCUUCUCCGAUCUAUGGCUGUGAUGAUGACACCGUUUAUGGCCGACCGAACGGCUCUAAGGGCUGGAUCGCCUUAAUCCAACGCGGAAACGGCUGCACUUUUACCGAAAAAAUUAACAUUGCGGCUAUGAACGGGGCUGCCGCUGCUAUCAUCUUCAACGACUUUGGCUCAGAAAAUCGGGUCAUUCAGAUGUCCCACCCAGGUAUGGAUGCACAAACUAUCGUUGCGGUAAUGAUUGGCAACUUCCGCGGGAUGGAGCUGGUCCAGCUGCUGGAUCAAGGCGUUCCCGUUGCUAUAGCGAUAGAGGUUGGGAAGCAGCACGGCCCCUGGAUGAGUCACUAUUCCGUGUUUUUCGUCUCCAUCUCCUUCUUCAUCGUCACCGCGGCGACGGUCGGCUACUUCAUCUUCUACUCCGCGCGGAGACUCAACAGCCUCAGACAGCAGAACCGCAGUCAGAAAAAGCUGAAAGCUGGCAAGAAGGCGAUUGGCCAGCUACAGGUCCGCACACUGAGACAAGGCGAUCAGGAAAUCGGCCCGGAUGCUGACGCCUGUGCAGUUUGUAUUGAUUCGUAUAAAGCAGGAGUAUUGUCAAUUCUCACAUGCAAGUAUUCAUUAUUCCAUAAAACCUGCAUAGAGCCAUGGCUGCUGGAGCACAGAACCUGCCCAAUGUGCAAGUGUGACAUUCUUAAAGCCCUUGGAGUUGAGUUGGAUGUGGAGGAGCAGCCACAGAUUUCAGUGCCUGAUUUCAGGCCUUUUUCUACCUCUGAGGACCUGCACAGUGAGACGGCCUCACAUACACACAGUGAGACCGCUUCCUCUGGAUAUGCAUCUAUGCAUGGAAAUGAACACCUUGCUCCUCCUGAAGGCACACACAACGAAACACACCCCUCCUUCCCUGAUCUCAACAUCUCCUGCUAA